ACUUCACUUCUUCUUCUAGGGUUUGCUUGUUAUUAGGGUUUUCUCCAUAGUUUAGUGCACUUUCUUCUCCUAGAAACCAGCAUAUCUGGGUUUUGUAGUUGAUUGAAAAAGAAGAAGAGGGAAAUUAAUUAAUUAAGUUAUGGAUCAUGAGAGAAAUGAUCAUGUUGAUAAAAUGGAUGAAGUUAUGUUACCAGGGUUUAGGUUUCAUCCGACAGAUGAAGAACUUGUCGGGUUUUAUCUAAAGAGGAAGAUUCAACAACGGCCACUUUCCGUCGAACUCAUCAAGCAACUAGACAUCUACAAAUAUGAUCCAUGGGAUCUUCCAAAGUUGGCGACGACUGGAGAAAAAGAGUGGUAUUUCUACUGUCCUAGGGACAGAAAAUAUAGAAAUAGCGCAAGGCCUAAUAGGGUUACAGGAGCUGGGUUCUGGAAAGCAACGGGAACAGACAGACCUAUUUAUUCUUCAGAAGGAAACAAAUGCAUAGGCUUAAAGAAAUCUCUUGUUUUCUACAAAGGCAGAGCUGCUAAAGGAAUCAAAACCGAUUGGAUGAUGCAUGAGUUUCGUUUGCCUUCUCUUACUGAUCACUCUGCACCGCCAAAAAGAUUCAUCGACAAAACUAUUAUUCCUGCCAAUGAUUCAUGGGCAAUAUGCAGAAUAUUCAAGAAAACAAACUCCACAACACAAAGAGCUAUUUCACAAUCUUGGAUUUCUCCGAUACCAGAAAUUUCUGCUUCUUCUUCUUUGCUCGCCAAAGGCUCGCAAAAUAUGAAUCUGCCAUUGACAACAGAUCAAACAUGUUCAGCUGCACAGUUGAACUAUAACUAUAACAACAAUAAUGAUAUAACGAAUUUCUCUCCUUUAGAAUUUAACUCCUGCUACAAGCCACCUAUUUCCAAUGGAGAGAAUUUUUUCUUUUCACCAAUUGAAAGUACAAUAGCUCCAUCAAAAUGCACAGUUGAUGUUUCUUCUAUGUUGUUAAACAUGUCUUCGUCAGUGCUUGGAGAGAGUGGUAGCAUUGACCUCGGAGGAUUACAAGAAGAUCGCCAUUGCAAUAGUAAUAGCUUCACAUUAAGUUGUUUGCCACAAGUAAUGCAAGUGUGGGAUAAUCCUUCUAGUGGAGAUAAUGAGAAUAUUAAUGCAAUGUCGUUUAAGCAUGUGAAUGGGACGAAUAUGGAUGAUCAGUGGCAGACAGUUCGUUCGAUUGGAUUUCCUUUCAGUUUGGGUGAUGCUUGGAAACCAAAUUUGCUUUGGGAUUCUUCUUCUAGUGAUAUGUCCACGAGUUUUGCUACUGCCAAGUGCUAUACUUGAGGAAAAUAUGUAGCUAGCUUAGCUAAUUAGGUUGCAAACUUUUAAUUUUAUGUUAGGGAAGGGAAAAAUAUAUUUUGUUUACAUU